AUGUCAUCGGCGUGCGCCAGAGAGGUUUAUAUGAGUUCUUCACUUCACAGACAGCCAGACAGGCGAUGACAACAGCUUUAAAGCAGGCUUUAAAAACCCACUUUGGGUUCGACAGCUUUAGGUCUAAAGUACAGGAAGAUGUCGUCAAGGCGGUUGUCAGACGUGACAGGGAUGUGUUUGUGUGCAUGCCCACUGGAGCAGGAAAGUCCCUCUGCUACCAGCUGCCUGCAAUGCUGGCUGAGGGCAUUACUCUGGUUAUAUCCCCGCUGAUUGCGCUCAUCCAGGACCAAGUGGACCACCUGAAGGACUUGAACAUUCCUGCCUGCUCCAUCAACUCCAAGCUGCCAGCAGGCGAACGCCGUAUGAUCCUGGCUGACUUAGAGAGCAGCAGCCCGAAGCUGAAACUCCUCUACAUCACUCCAGAGAUGGUGGCCUCUCCCUCGUUCCAGCCCUGCCUGACUGGCCUGUGCUCCCGCAACCUGCUGUCCUACCUGGCAGUGGAUGAGGCUCACUGCGUCUCCCAGUGGGGCCACGAUUUUAGGCCGGACUACCUCAAGCUUGGCGAGCUGCGUGAUCGCUUGUCGGGGGUCCCCUGCCUGGCGCUGACAGCGACAGCACCCAAGAAAGUGCAAGAUGACAUUCUUCAGUCCUUGAAGCUGCACUCGCCUUUGUCUUUCUCUACACCUGUUUUCCGCAGUAACUUGCACUAUGAUGUGAUCUUCAGGGAGCUGCUGCCAAACCCCUACGUCCACCUCCACGCCUUCAUUAAGCAGGCGCUGGCACUGGGCAGCGGGUCUGAUGGACAGGGUUGUGGGAUCGUGUACUGUCGGACCAGGGAGGGCUGUGAAACAGUGGCUUACCAGCUGACCAAGCUUGGAGUCUCGGCUAAGCCUUAUCAUGCAGGUUUGAAGACACGAGAUCGUGAAGAGGCCCAGAAUGACUGGAUGCAGGGGAAAGUGCUGGUUAUUGUAGCCACCAUCAGCUUUGGUAUGGGAGUAGACAAGGCCAACGUCAGGUUUGUAGCUCACUGGAACCUCGCUAAGUCCCUGGCAAGUUACUACCAAGAGUCUGGGCGAGCGGGGAGAGACGGGCUGCCCUCCUCCUGUCGCACCUACUACUCCCCGAGAGAUAAAGAGCAAAUUAACUUCCUCAUCCGCCAGGAGGUCACCCGCAAACAGGAAAAACGCGGCUCUGCAAAGGAGUCGGACAAAACGGUCAUCACAGACUUUGAAGCCAUGGUGUUAUUUUGUGAACAAGAGGGCUGUCGCCAUGCCACCAUCUCCAAGUUUUUCGGGGAUAAGACGCCAAACUGCGCCGGUGCAUGCGACUUCUGUCGUAACCCUAAAGUUGUACGAGCACAGUUGGAGAGGGCGGCUGCCCUCAGCACCAAGACUGAAGCUCAGAGCAAAGGGCCCAAGGGGCCGUUCGGUUUCCAGCCAGGGCUUUAUGAAGGAGGAAAGAAGGGCUACGGCUUUGAGAGGUUUGAUGAAGAGGACGGUGGCAGUUAUGAAGACGAUUCCUUAAAGAGGAAAAAGGAGUUUUCUGACCUCUUCAAGAAGCAGAUGAACAUGCGGAAGGCAGCUGGAAGUCAGAGUGAAGAGUUUUGUCCUCCAGAUGCCGACUGUCCACUCAGAGAGGCCGACAGCCAGAGGAUACCCAGGCUCACUGUUAAGGCCAGAGAGCACUGCCUGUCCCUCUUGCAGGAGGCACUUCAUGGCCACCAGGGGGCAGAUGACCCAUUCAGCUGUGGCACUCUGUCCUUAGCCGUGGAUAUUGAACAUGAGGUCUUCAAGAACAGCAAGUCUUCCAACUUGUACAAAGCUGCCGUCCUAAAGAAAGUAGCGGAGAUGAAGAAAGCAGGAGGAAAAAGGGGAGAAGAAGAGAAGACCAGCAGCGGCUGCAGUGAGACCAGAGAAAUCACGUCAAAACACAACGAAGAAGCUUCUUCUUCUUCUUCCUUUUCUGAGGAACUGCAGGGGUUCACAUCUGCAUCUGAGAUCUACUCAUUGAAGCGUAAGAGAGUUGGAGCAGGCCAGAGGGGCUCAUCCAACCCCUUCCAGACUGCCAAGGACUUGAUGAAGACAGAAAGCGGCGGGUUUUAUAAUGAUAACUCGGAAGGCUCCCGAGAGUCAGGGACAGAGGGGAGAAAAGAGACAAACAUGGAUACAUCUUCGGCCGUGACGUCAUCCAUCAGAGCCAGGGCAAAUGCCGCCGCUGCCUCCCUGAACAGCCCGACGAAGGGAGGCAGAACCCUGAGCAAGAAGCAGCAGAAGCUGGCAGAGGCGGCGAAGAGUUCGCGCAACAUUUCCCAGUAUUUUGCGAAGAAACAAACGAUGGAGAAAAGCCAGGAGGAGGAGACAAGCCAGGAGGAGGAGACAAGCCAUGAGGCGGAGACGCCGAAGGAACUCGAUGAUACUUUAUCUGUGAUCCCACAGGAAGACAUUACACAACGCUCUGUGGAAGCUGUAGAGAACAUUCCUGAGGAAUCAGUGACGCCAGCAAAAACUGAAAGUGAGCUAAUAGUUAUACUUACUGAUGAAGAGGAGGAAGCCCUUAAAGCAGAGAUGACAGAAGACACAGAGGAUGUAACAUCCUCCACAGAACAAAACAUAACUGAGGAAGAGGCAAAACCACCUGUUAUAAAAGGGCUGACAGAUGAUAUGAAAGCCAAUAAAGAGUCUCCUCCGGCGAAGCGCAGCCGGCCUGCUGACGGGAGCACCAGAAGAGUGACCUUUAACCCCAAUGUGCAGGAGAGGGCCGUGCAACCGGUGAAUGAGCCGCCGAAGCCGGUGACGCUGAAGGAAGCUGCUGAUAUCGUGGUCCGCUGCUUGGACCCCUUUUACACUCAGGGAAAGUUUGCCACCAAGGAGCUGUUUAAGUCCUUUGCUCGCUACCUGUCUCACCUUCUCGCAGAGGGGAGGAGUCGGGGAAAAGGCCAAGUCAAAGCAGAAGCCAAAGCUCUCAUCAAGAAGUUCUUCAGCAGAGUCAAGCGCUGCGAGUGCGAGGCAGACUGGAAGCACCUUAAAAGACCGCACAGCUGUAAAACCACAGAGAACAAUGAUUGAUGGAAAGGGAAACACAGACAUUCUCAUUGUUAAAUCCUUCCUCUUUGUCAGUGCCUAAGCUUCUCCUAUUCCACUGAUCUCAGUCUUCCCUGCAGAUGCCUGCUCACCAGGUUUACGGUUGAUUUGCUGCUAGAGUUCUGCUUUUUUCAGGCUUAUCAUUGCUACAGUAGCUUAACUCAAUAAUCAAGCAAUAAAACAUGUACUGUUAAAGCCUGAGAGAGCAGAAGUAGCCCCCUGCUUCUUAUUCUUUCAGCCCAUUUACUACAAAUUGAGUAAAUUGUGCUUUUACAUUGUUUUCCUACCUUACAAGCAGACAGAGGUGUCUAUUAAUUUAACAGCAGCGCCGAAAUAGUGUGGUACUGCACUUUUUAUGUCAACCUGCACAUAUAACUGCAGUAAAGCCUGUUUCAAGCCUAUAUUUUCACACUAAACUGAAAUGUAUGGAAGUCAAAGGCUGCUUGGAAGAAAAAACAGUUGUGUCAAGAAUACAUAAUUUGAAGUAAAUGGGGAUAAAACAAACAAAAACACUUUGUUUGACAUAAACCAGACGGUUCUGUUUUGGGGGCUAAUAGAUCUUUAUACUGCUGCUACAUUUAUCUUUGAACAAAGUAAAUGGACAUAACUGAUCGAUACUGUAUGGUGUAAAACUCUUCCAAUAUUUUUUUUACAUUUUUUUUUUUUUUAUUUAAAGACCAUCUGAAUUCAGUUUUAUCUUAGGUUGUCUUGUAGCCUUGGCAAUGGAAGAAUCUGUGUGGGUGUUUUUCUUUUUAUAGCAACAUGGUUUCCGAUGAGGGAUGUUUCUGAAAUAUCGUGCCUGUCAGGACUGUGAGAGGUCUCCGCAGUCGAGAGGAAACCCAAAGAGUACUUGAAGCACUAGUGGACACAGAGGCCCUACUGUGCAGAGUCUGAACAGCUAUAGUCUUCUCUUUGCUCCUAAAUGUUUACAAUAAAGUCUAUGCUGAAUAGGAA